AGGCUGAGAAUGUGGGAGUAGAAUCUACUCACCCAGCAGGCUGAAAUAUGUCAGGAAAUCUCAAGAUGCGAUCUAAGCAAUGAUUGCCUAAUCUUUGAGCCAAAGAUGUCCGAAAUGUGUAGACAGCAUUUCUCCGCGGUAUUCGCCUUCGCCGUUGGUGCGCUCGCCUCGGUCGUCCCUGAAGUUGAGAAACGUGCCAGCGUGGUCACCCUCAACAACUUUGACAACACGACCGCCCAGAGACUGAAUCUCGUCAACAAGCAGCUCGGCUCUUCCAGUGGUCUUUUUUACAAGGGGAUUGGCGUGGCCCAGAUCUACGACAGCUUCGGACAGCUUCAGGCGCUGACGCUCCGGUCCAAGUCCAACGCGGCGGUGUACGGGAACCUGGACCGUCUGAGCGACGACUACCCGUACAUCACAUCCAAGUUCAGCGGGUCGCUGUUGACGACGUUCGACCUGACGUCUCUAAGCUAUGGGUGCAUCAUCGGCAACCUGGCGGCCAACUGCGACAUCACCAUCGCCGCCUACCGAAACAGCGUCCGCGUCGCCGGCCAGACCCUCCGCUUCACCCCGGCCAACCGCCUCAACUCGCCCCUGGCCACCAUUACCCUCGGACCCACCUUCCGGAACAUUGACUCCAUCCGCUUCGCCACCUCCUUCACCGACAGCAGCAAGUUCCCCGGCCUCGGCGGCGCCACAUUCCUCGACGACUUGUCCUACGUCUUGAAUACGCUCUAGAUGGAUAUAAUAAUAUAGUCCUUAAUUGGAAGGACCCCCCGGCUCAUCCCGCCCUAACAAAGCCCUAGAGACAAAAGCCAAAAGUCGGCUUAUGUGGGCAUACAAUCAAACGGAAGGAAGGGGGUCCUCAAAUCUGAGGAUUUUUAUGGUCUGCUGGAAAGAAGUCAUUGGCCCGACUUUUCGUUUCCUUUUUGUUUUGGUUUCUCUUUUGAACUGUUCCGGGGUUGCCGGCCUAUCGACCCACGAAAUGCAAGAUAAUUGCGUAUUUUUAUGUUUCGAGACUUGGAUGCAUGGCG